GAUAUCUACUUUAUAUACCGACUUAAAAAAAAAGGGGGGGACAGGGAGAAACAAACAGAAAAAGAAAGAAGAAGAGAAACGACGCCGCCACCCUAAUGCCCGGGGAAGAACUGCGUUCCGGUUCUUCACCAACACAAACCCAGCAGAUGCUGUCGCCCAUAGACUUAGCAAACGACGGCGGCGAAGCCUGGGUGUGGAUCCAGAUCAAAGCCGAGGCUCGGCGCGAUGCUGAAACCGAACCGGCUUUGGCCAGCUACUUGUACUCCACAAUUCUUUCUCACCCGUCUUUAGAACGUUCUUUAUCCUUCCACUUGGGAAAUAAGCUCUGUUCUUCCACUCUUCUCUCCACUCUCCUCUAUGACCUCUUCCUUAAUUCCUUCUCCAGAGACCCUAAUCUCCGGUCAGCCACCGUCGCUGACCUCAUCGCUGCCCGCUACAGGGACCCUGCUUGCGUCUCCUUCUCUCAUUGCCUCCUUAACUAUAAAGGGUUCCUCGCUUGCCAGGCCCACCGAAUAGCUCACAAGCUCUGGACUGAAUCUCGAAGGCCACUUGCUCUGGCUCUCCAAUCCCGAAUUUCUGAUGUCUUUGCUGUUGACAUUCACCCGGCAGCUGAAAUUGGCAAAGGCAUCCUUUUUGACCAUGCAACCGGAGUGGUAGUUGGUGAGACAGCAGUGAUUGGGAACAAUGUGUCAAUUCUUCACCAUGUAACCCUAGGGGGCACCGGCAAGGCUGGUGGCGAUCGCCAUCCGAAGAUUGGAGAUGGAGUUCUCAUUGGUGCUGGAGCAACAAUAUUAGGCAAUGUGAAGAUUGGAAAGGGAGCCAAAAUUGGUGCUGGGUCUGUAGUCUUGAUAGACGUGCCACCGAAGACGACGGUGGUUGGGAACCCAGCAAGGCUGGUGGGAGGGAAGGAUCAGCCAAGAAGGCAUGAUGAAGUGCCUGGGGAGUCCAUGGAUCAUACUUCAUUUAUUUCUGAAUGGUCUGAUUAUGUCAUUUGAUGCCCGUGUUAUUGUAACAUAGCAUCCAAAACAUUGAGUUUUUCUGUAUCUUGAAGAUGGUGUUACCAUCUGUUUAUAGGAGUAUUCCUACAGUUUUCUGAGAUGUACUAGAUGAAGCUAGUAGGCUGAAGUGAUAGUCUGGUAGAGUCCUAAAUAGGUAACCACAUGUAUCUUUAGACGAUAUGCAUGUCUUGGUGCAAGACUUUGAUCCCAUGAAGGUCUUUAGGGCAUUUGAGCAGGACAUCUUAUCAAAUUUUGGCCCUCUGUAAUAAGGUGAACUCAUUGAUCAGCUUUCUCGGCUUUGUAAUCUGUAAACACCAAGAAGUUGACAGAAGAAAAUGAUAUAUGAGUUUGAUGCAUUAAAAGCGA